UACGCCGGCCAGCUCGCGCGCAGAGCAGGGUAGAAAAAGCCGACGAUGGCGGGUGUGCACCCCCAGGACGACCUGCUGAAAAUGACACACAGAGAAAACUGGAAGGUGCAGCAUGAGCGUCUGCACGUGAAGCACCGGGGACACGAGGCCAUGCACGCCGAGAUGGUGCUGAUCCUCGUCGCCACGCUGGUGGUGGCCCAGAUCGUCCUGGUGCAGUGGAAGCAGCGCCACCACCGAUCCUACAACCUGGUGACUCUGGUCCAGAUGUGGGUGGUCCCUCUUUACUUCACCAUCAAACUGUACUGGUGGAGGUUUCUGUCCAUGUGGGGGAUGUUCUCCGUCAUCACCAGCUACGUCAUCUUCAGAGCCACCCGCAAGCCGCUGGCCUGCAGGACGCCCCGGAUGGUCUACAAGUGGUUCCUGUUGAUCUACAAGCUGAGCUAUGCGGUCGGGGUUCUGGGCUACCUGGCCAUUAUGUUCACCAUGUUCGGCUUCAACGUCUUCUUCAGAAUCAAAGCAGAGGACUCCAUGGACGUCGGAGUCAUCAUGCUUUUCUACGGGCUUUACUACGGCGUCAUGGGCAGAGACUUCGCUGAAAUCUGCUCCGACUACAUGGCUUCCACAAUUGGGUACUACAACAAGGGAGGCAUGCCGAGCCGGAGCCUGACCAACGACAUCUGUGCAGUGUGCGGUCAAAGGAUCCUGGUGGACGUGGAGGAGGAAGGAUUCAUAGAAGACACCUACCAGCUCUCCUGUGGACACAUAUUCCACGAGUUCUGCAUCCGCGGCUGGUGCAUCGUCGGCAAGAAGCAGACGUGUCCGUACUGCAACGAGAAGGUUGACUUGAAGAGGAUGAUGAACAACCCCUGGGAGAAGACACAUGUGCUGUACGGGCAGCUGCUCGACUGGCUCAGAUACUUGGUAGCCUGGCAGCCCAUCAUCAUCGGGAUCGUUCACGGGAUUAACUUCACCCUGGGCCUCGAGUAGCACCCUGAGGAACGCCGCCAAAAGUACGCCUGUAGUCGGGGAAGGCACGAGAAACGUUUGGCAGCACACCGUCAAAAGUCGCCGCUACGAGGAACCGAUUCUGGCUGCUUCUCGAGUCUUUUGCUUUGUGUUUUCGGACUGGAUGCUUGCACAGUUUCCUGCUUGCGGGCGGUCUGGGAUUCAACAUGCAGAGGACGACCAGGGAACCCAAAACUGCUGCCAAGUUGAACAAAAAACUACUUAAGCACAGAUCCAGCAUUGGACCAUUUGAUGCGAGGAAGUUUCAAGAGUGUUGUUGCGCAUGCUGUUUGUGUCGAGGUAACAACACCACUCUGCGGUUACAGAAAAAAAAAAUUUGCGGUUUUAUUUGCACACUCCUCCCCGCUGGCUUUGUUGAUGCCACUCUGUGCUCGUUAGACUCCUGUCUGAAAAGCUGUAGAAAACCUGUUUACAUUUCAUGUACCUUUGUUACAGAAGGCUCGUUUUCAUUUUUAUGGAGCUUAAGUUGAUGCUAAAAUGUUCAGCUUCAUGUAGCAGCUGGUCGACAGCUUCGUAGACUUGCGGCAGCCGAAUCUUCACAGUGACUCAAGGGUCAGUUCAAAUGUCAUACUUUAAAAUGGCUUUGCUGGCAUUCGCCCAACAUGGCGGCUCAUUCAACUAACCUUCUAAACAUCAGGUGGCUCGAUCUAGAAGGGUUGGAAGUUUACCGUCCGUCCAGUAACAAAGCUUUCUUUUGCCAAAUCGGACAGACAUCGCUUCCUUAAGAAAACUGCUGCUGAUAAAAACUUUGUAUUCAAUAAAUAUUUAUAAAUCCUUAAA